AUGAAGACUGUCGCAGCUCUGCUUCUCGCCUGCCUGUCGGUGGCCUCCGCGGCCCCGUCGCUCCUCGGACACGGCAUCGCCCUGGCCGGCCCAGCCACCGGACCCAACAGCCUCGUGGGACCGUCCAACGGCCCGUCGGCCCUCGCUGGCCCAGUGGUGGGCCCGUCCCGUCUGUCCGGUGCCGUCGAUCUCGGUGCCGUGGUCAGCGGUGCCGUGGCCGGACCCUCGGCCAUCAUUCCCAGCGUCAGCGCCGGUACCGCCAUCGUCGGACACGGAUACGCACCUCUCGGUCUGGGACCCCUCGGACUCGGACCUCUCGGCCCUCUUGGACACGGAGCUGUGUUGGGCGGUCCCAUCGUCGGCCCGGCUCACCUCGCCGGCCCCAUCGCCCCGGGUGCCCUGAUCGCCGGCCCAGCUGGCGUGAUCCGCGCCGGUCUGCCCGUGCCCGGUCUGAUCAACGGACUCUGGUAAAUUUGGUGUAUCAUACCUCAACAACAACUGCCAACAAUUGCCAUUGAACAACAACCCAUCCUCUUCUCUUCUUUGCGAGGGGAGAGGGUGCGAUCGUCGUCUUAUCGCUGCCAUAAUGUCUAAUAGUUACGAAUGCCACCAUGUCAAAUCUCAUCGACGCGCGCCCAAUUUAUCCGUGCGCGUGUUCAUUUUUUUUCAUAGAAAAAAAUCAAUUCAUUUGAUGUAUGUCGACCGAAUGAGAGUGAAUAACUGCAGCUGUUAGCUAUACGAUCUCCAUAUAUUUAUUAUAAUUAUUAUUAUUACUGUAUCUCUGCGUCUGUUUGUUUCCUUCUCUAUUAUGUUUUCUUCGUUUCCUCCUGCCUCUUCGACAAAAAAAAUUUUGUCCUGUAUUCCUAUGUGAUACACCUUCGUCGGUGUGUCUACCUAUCCUAUUAUAUUUCUCUCUCUAUUUUUUCACACCCGUGCCUCCUACACACAAUUUUGUAUACACACAAACACACCUGUUCAUAUGUACAAAUCAAAUGCAG